UUUUUCUCUCUCUCGCACGUUGGGUGCUGGAGGUUUUAACGCCACUGUCCAACAUGGCCGCGUGCAGCGUGGAGGAGCUGCUGGCUAAAGCCGAGCGAGAAGAAGCCGAGAAGCUGAAGAGCAUCACGGUCCACAAAGAGCUGGACGUGGAGUUUGACAUCGGAAACCUGCUGGCCUGUGACAAAAACCGCAUCGAGUCGCGGGACUUCAGGGGACAGAAGAAAGAGGACUUCCUGCGGUCGUUGGCUCGGGACAACACGCAGCUGCUCGUCAACGAGAUCUGGAAACAACCCACGGAGAGAGUCGAGGAGGCGAUAGUGGUCAAACUACCCGAUUCAGUGACCCCGCUGCCCAGAGAGAAACCACCUCCGAAACCCAGACCUCCGACAAAAUGGGAAGAGUUCGCCAAGCUGAAGGGCAUACAGAAGAAGAAGAAGACCAACCUGGUUUGGGAUGAAACUGCCAAAGAGUGGAGGAGGCGCUGGGGCUACAAGAGGGCCAAAGAUGACACCAAGGAGUGGCUGAUCGAGGUGCCAGAGACCGCAGACCCUAAUGAAGACCAGUUCGCCAAACGCGUAAAAGCCAAGAAGGAGAGAGUGGCCAAAAACGAGUUCAACAGGCUGAAGAACAUCGCCAGGGCGCAGAAGAUUAAAGUACCAGGUGUGGGGCUCACCCCUGCAGCCCAGCAGUCUAAAGACGACCUGUCCAGAGCUGUGAGUGUGGCCAAGACCUCCACAGCAUCCGUGGGGAGGUUUCAGGACCGGCUGCCCAAAGAGAAGCCACCAAAGAACACAGGCAAGAAGAGGAAGUUUGAGCCCCUCAUCGGCAACUUCUCCAACGAGAAGCAGAAGCAGCUGGACAUGCUGAACCUCAUGGACAGCAAGAAGCCCAAGUUGGACAUCACCAAGGCUGUCAACAAACAGAUGAGAGAGGAGGACAGAGAGGAGGCCGCCGCCAAAUACAAGAAGGGAGCGGGGAAGAAGGGACGCAAAGGAAACAUGUCAGGAAAGGGCAAAGGAAAGGGUGGGAAGGGGAAAGGAGGCAAAUCUGGGGGAGGUAAAUUUGGAGGGGGUAAACCUGGCGGGGGUAAAUUUGGAGGGGGGAAGAAAAGAGGCAAACCUGGGAAGCACUGAGGACUUUAAACCUCCUGCCUACACCUGUGUGUGCCUUGGCAUCAAAACAUCGGACUGGACUUGAAUGAUGCGAUGUGAAGUGACUGAUCUGUGAAUGAGGGUUGUCGUGUUGGGACUGUCCAGGAGUUUUUGUGGCUCUAUCACUGUUUGAGCUGUCAUCAAAUCUGUAAAUAUCUGUCCCAGCGUUCAUGAGGCUGACUGACUUAAUAUGUGUAUUAUUAAUGAAAAAAUACUUUAAAGUGCAGCCCAAAUUAAAAAAUCAGGUCAUUGA